AUGUCCGGCAAAACCAAUGUGUGGUCCAUUCUCAAAACGGUGGUAGGAAGCAUCGCACAGGUAUCUUUUUUGUCGAUCGCAGGAUAUAUCUUGGCUCGCAAGAGCAUCAUCACUCCACGAUGCAGAAUAGGUUUCAACGAAGCCAACAACUUGAUGUUGCCACCCUAUAACCUCUUCAGCGUUUUCUUUACUCCCGCUUUCGUUUUCACAAAAAUAGCUUUCCAACUGAAAGCGUCUCAGAUUGUAGAGCUUUAUGUAGUUAUCCUAAGCUUUGGGGUGGUUACCAUUGUGUCCGCUGCUUUAGCUUACUUGCUAGGCCUACUCCUACGACUCAGUCCAUCCGAUCGAAGGUUCACAAUGGCUGUCGCUAUGUUCAUGAAUUCGAACUCAUUACCCAUAGCUCUAACAAUGAGCUUACUAGACAACUCCGGUCCAAAAAAUAUAUUUCAGUGGAGCGAAGAUGAUACGAAGUUGCAGCAAUCUGCGAGGUCUACAGCGUACCUCGUACUUUAUAGCACACUCGGUUUAGUCCUCCGAUGGAGUUACGGUGUUCGUCUUCUUUCAGCUCCAAAACCAGAGGACGAGCAAGAUAAAGCUCAAAAGCAGAACAAAUGGAGGUUUUGGAGUUCUAAGAAAGAAAUUCCUUCAACUCCAACAUCAGAUGAAACACACGAUAAACACCCAUCCGAACAUGGUGACGAGUCUCCUCCAGUAGAAGACUGUCCUGAUCUGAUGAUGAUACAUUAUGGAGAGGAUAGGAUUAAGUCCACACUGUGGAAGAGAGUAUUUACCAAGACUCGCAAUUUUUUGAGAGCUUUAAAUCGAUUCAUGAACCCCACCUUGUAUGCAUCCAUUGCAGCGUUCCUCGUAGUAGUCAUUCCAAAAGUGCAGGCUUUUAUUAGGAGCAUAAAGCCUUUAGAAGGUGGAUUAAAUUUUGCAGCAGACGUCUCGGUACCGCUGACGAUGGUUGUUUUGGGUGCCUACUUUCACAACCCUAAGCCCGAGUCAUCGCAGACACAAGGGGAAUCUGAUGAUUGUACAGAGCCAGAGAAGAAACUCUUGAAGGAGCGUUCGAACAAGGUCAUUCAAGCACUAGGACCACCCUCUGAGAGAAAUACGAUGCUCGUGGGAAUUUCCGCCCGGCAUUUCUUGACUCCUCUCACGUUAAUUCCUAUCCUUUAUGCAGUCACUGGUGCCUUCAAGACUCCCUCUGAUAGCUCACAGACUUUCCCGGAUCCACUCAAUGACCCAUGCUUCCUGCUAGUCAUGCUGAUACUGAUUGGAUCUCCACCCGCGAUUACGCUGGUCCAAAUGACCAACUCGAAUAGAUUCCCGAUUGGCUCACCAGCUCAUGCACAUCAGAAAGUUCACAGUCUUCGUUUUCAACGCCUUAUCUCUAAAACUCUUUUGAUAGCAUAUGUAUUUGUCACCCCACUCACCAUCAUUAUAUUGGUGUUUGUAGCUGUACUUAUUCUCCAGCAACGUAACAGUUAA